AUGACUUAAUUAGAACCAUUUGAGCAUCAUUAUAGUAUUUAAUACUAAGAAGUAUUUGGAUGUUCUCAUACAAAUCGACAUAUUUAUUCAGAAAAAAUGAUUUGUACAGAUUGUGGCAUAUUUUUAAAUAAUGUAAAAUUUCAUCAUUAAUUUUUAGCCAAACACCAAAGUUUAUAAAACACUUAAAAUGAAAUAUAAUGCAUUUUUUAAUCCAAUCAAAAUAUUACAAGGAAUUUUGAAAGAGGGAUAACCAAUUGGACCUAUUAAAUAAAGAUAAUAAUUCAUAGAAUUCAUUUUAUAAGUGGCAGAAAGACUUAAUCUAUCAAUCAAUACAUGUUUUUUAGCUAUCAAUUAUAUUGAUGAAUAUUUUAAUAAGGUUACAGUAAAUGAAAAUUAAAUUUAUUUAUUUGUUUCUACAGCUCUUAUGUUAGCUGCUAAAGCAUAAGAACUUGAUGAAAGAGUUCCAUUUAUAAGCAAACUUAAAAAAUAUGUCUCUAUGACUAAUCAUCCUGAAAUUAGUCAAUUUAAUACAUAAGAUUUUAAAUAUGCAGAGAGAUUAAUAAUAUAAUAAUUGCAAUGGAAAUUACAAAGAAAUACUUUAUUAGAUAGAAUAGAAACUUUAUUAUCUUUUGGUGUUAUUGAUGAUGAUGAUAGUUUAGGUUAAUAGUAAUAAAAAGAAAAUAAGGAUUCAACUCAUUAAUAACAUAUUAAACUAAGAGAUUUAUAAGAAAAUUAGAUCUUAUAAUAUGUUUAAGAAGUUGAAAGUAAAUAUGUUGAAAUAGCUUUAUAAAUUAUUAAAGGUAUUAUUAAAUUAUAUUGAUAGAUGAUUAACUAUAUUUCCAAACAGAUUAAACUAUCUUAGCUUUAUCAUGUGUUGCUUAUCUAAGAAAAAAGGCUGGUCUUUUAAAUAUAUGGUCUUAACAACUGUAAAGUCUGACCGGUUUUGGUGCAUAAAAAAUAUCAUCUUCAGUUUCUUAAAUUAUGACUCUUAUUGCCAAAAGUAAGAGUUUCAAAACUAUCACAAAAUUGUAGGUUUAGCCUUCAGAUAUUUAUUAUGAAUAAAUCAACAAUACUCCUACCAAUACUCUUACUACUGUUAAUUCGAAUCAUCUUAUAAAUAGAUAAUUUUAGUUUGAAUAAAAAAGACAAUCCUUUGCAGAUGCUAUGAAUCAAAAAGUUAAAUUACCUUUGUUUUCAUCUUAAUCAACAGCUCAUAUAAGUGAUCUUAGUAAAUAGCAUAUAUACUAUAAUAAUAUGAAUUUUACUACAAGUAAAAAUUACUCAUUUUUGAAUGAUAAUUCUAUAGGUCUUAAUAAUUAUAUCAAUUCUCACAGUAUUCAUCAAAAUGGAGAACUUGAUAAAAAGUAUGAAUAAGUGCAUAAAGUUGGAGCCAGUAUGUUUAGAUAAGUGUAGUGA